GCUAUACCCUCUGUACCAGAAGUACAAGAAUGCCAUCACGUGGGGAGACCAGGACUUAUUAAAUAUUAUUUUUUAUUUCAACCCAGAGUGUCUGUACGUGUUCCCCUGCCAGUGGAACUACCGUCCUGAUCACUGCAUGUACGGAAGCAAUUGCAGAGCGGCCGAGCGGGAAGGCGUGUCUGUCCUGCAUGGGAACCGAGGCGUCUACCAUGAUGAGAAGCAGCCAACUUUCAAAGCGCUCUAUGAAGCAAUCCGAGAUGAAGCCGAGCUCUUUCCCAUCAGGGGCUUUGCACAUGCUUGGAAUCAGUUACCCUAGAAAUUCACCUGGCAAAUUCUACUAUCCUUCAGAUUUUGAGAAGAGGGGGAAAAAGGAAGUUUGUCCGGUCCUGGAUCAGUUUCUUUGUCAUGUAGCCAAGACUGGAGAAACAAUGAUUCAGUGGUCCCAGUUUAAAGGCUAUUUUAUUUUCAAACUGGAGAAAGUGAUGGAUGAUUUCAGAACUUCAGCUCCUGAACCAAGAGGUCCUCCCAACCCUAAUGUCGAAUAUAUUCCCUUUGAUGAAAUGAAGGAAAGGAUACUGAAAAUUGUCACUGGAUUUAAUGGUAUACCUUUUACUAUUCAGCGACUAUGUGAAUUGCUCACAGAUCCAAGGAGAAACUAUACAGGAACAGACAAAUUUCUCAGAGGAGUAGAAAAGAAUGUGAUGGUGGUUAGCUGUGUUUAUCCUUCUUCAGAGAAGAACAGUUCCAAUAGUUUAAAUCGAAUGAAUGGUGUUAUGUUUCCUGGAAAUUCACCAAGUUACACUGAAAGGUCUAAUAUAAAUGGACCUGGAACACCCAGGCCACUUAAUCGACCAAAGGUUUCUUUGUCAGUCCCCAUGACAACAAAUGGCUUACCUGAGAGCACAGACAGCAAAGAGUCAAACUUAAAGCAAAAUGAGGAUAAAAAUCACAGUGACUCUUCGACAUCUGAAUCAGAAGGUUCCUCAGUGAGCCCUAUAAAAAAUAAACAUCCAGAUGAAGAUGCUGUGGAAGCUGAGGGGCGUGAGGUAAAAAGACUCAGGUUUGACAAAGAAAGCGACGUCAGAGAGAUGGCCAGUCAGACAUCUUCCAGUGAAAUUUCUUCAGUUAUGGUAGAAGAAACAGAAGCUCCAUCUUCAUCUCAGAACAACGACAAAGAAAUUAGUUGUACCAGGCAGCACUGUACAGAAGAGGAUGAAGAAGAGGAUGAAGAGGAAGAAGAGUCUUUUAUGACAUCAAGAGAAAUGAUCCCAGAAAGGAAAAAUCAAGAAAAAGAAUCUGAUGAUGCCUUAACUGUGAGUGAAGAGACUUCUGAGGAAAACAAUCAAAUGGAGGAAUCUGAUCUGACUCAAGUUGAGAGAGGUUUACAUUCUGAAGGUAGUGAAAAUACCGGCCCUGUAAGUAGUUCCAGUUGCCAUGAAACGGAAGAAUUAAUAGGAUCCAAUUCCAGUAAAACUGGAGAGAUUCUCUCAGAAUCUUCCACGGAAGCCACAGAAGUCACAGAUGAACCAAUGGAACAAGACUAACUAUUUAGAAAUAUUUAGAUGCAGUAUUUUCCAUACAGUUCUGGUUUCACACUGUAUAAAACUUUUAUGUAAUAAAGUGGACCUUUAGUUUUACAAGAGAAGCAGGUUGUAAAAUAAAGUACUGUAUGGGAUCAAUCCUGAAAGAGUCGCACAUGUAAGAACUGUGAGUACCAGCUCCUCGGGGUCCUGCUUACUGCUGACUUCUUUUGCUCUGGUCAGAUCAGUGGUUUGUGUAUAGAUUGUUUUUUUUUUAAAUUUAGAGUUAAAAAUUUUAAACUGGAAGAUAAUAAUUAUAAUUUUGAAAACUUUUGGAGAUUAUCACAUUUAGUUUAUACAUAUGCAAGAAAGCUUUUUGUCUUGUCUCUUUCUGACAGCUCUAGCAGUUUUCAUAUUUUGGUCAUAGUUUCAACAUUUUAACAUGAAUUAUAGGGUUUCAUGUUGGUUUCCAGAUUUUAUUGUUUGACUAUGUACUAUGGAACUUUAAGUCAUAUAUACAUAUAUAUAUAUAUAUUAUUCUAAGGGGGGAAAUGUUAUAUUUUUCUUUUUCUAUAAGAGAUGAAUACAGUGGAUACUUUUUCUAUUGGUAAUGAUUGAGUUCACCUCUUUCAGAAGACAGUUUCUUUCUCUUCUGAGUAAUUCAAAUAAAAUCUGGCCCUUGUGGAACCCUGGAAAUCUUAAGUCUGUUGAAAUGCCAGGUUAAACACAUUCCAAGAGAUCUGUUCAAACUAAAAUUCUUUUGUAUACUUCUGAGGUGCCUGAGAAAAAGACUUCAUUAUUUAUGAGAAAAUGUGCUUUAUCUUGGAAAUUGUGUUCAAACAUUAGCUUACUGUUUUGUAGAAUGAGUGCUUAUAAAGCUGACAUGAAACCAUCUCAGAAGAACCAGGCAGGUUUCUUUACCUUUUGCUUGCUUUUCUGAACAGUGUGAAUACUACACAUUUCUUUCUAAAUUAUUCUAGAGUAUACAGAUGUCAAUGGUAUGAAACACCACUGUACUGGAAGAAUUAAUAUAUUACUUUAGUAAUGUACCAGAGCUAAAUGACUGAAGCUUUAGGGGUACAUAAAAACCACCGUAAUUUGUAUGACAUUUUGAAGUGAAUUAAAUAUUUUUGAACAUGCUUCUUCGACAGCCAGUGUUAUAUUUUUCAGAUCAACACAAAGCACAAUGGUUACUCUAAACUCAAUAUUUUCAAAUUCACAUAACUUAAAGUCAUGCAAGCUGCAAUUUCCCUGUCUAAAUUACUGGCUGCCAAAUUUAUACCUGUUUCUUCAGCUGUACCUUUUGAUAUUUAGAAUUUUUAAAUUUCUGUAAAGUAGAUUUUGUAGAAUGUAAUGUGUUCACUGCCUUUGUGAAGCGGUAUAUAAUUGUAUAAUUUCUGUGUGUAAACUGAAUGCUUGGGCUUUCAAUACAGUAUUCAUAUAAAGCAAUAAAUAUUAAUGUUAUGAAAUAUUUGAGUACAUUUUUAUCAAAAUAUAUAAGAAUCCCUUUUUUUAAUUUCAGAUACCUGAAGUACACAGAUGAACUUAUAAAACUGAUGCAAACAUUUUCUGACACUGUAUCAUAUGCUCUGGGGUGAUUUGGGCGGCAACCACAAGUUUUGCAUUUUGCCUACUUCAGUUGCUAUGACUAAAAAUACCAAAAUGAGUUGGCUCCGUUUAUGUCUGUAGGAUAUUAUACUACUGACUGACUUGACUGUCAGGUUUACAGCAGCUAGAUGAUAUAUUUGUGAAUAUGUCUCAUAGUUGAAAUAAAAACUGAGUAUUGAUUUAUUUACUGUUAUUCAAGAGGGGAGGAAAAAAAUCACACGUUGUAAAUUUUUAAAAAAAUUUUGCAAAAAUGUUAAUGAAGCAGAUUUUAAAUGUGACAUUCAUUUGUAGUGACCUAGUCUUUAUUUUCUUGAGGGAUAUUUUGCCAAUGAGAGCAGAUUUUAAACAUUUUAAGUUUAGAAAUUUUGAAAUUUUCUUUAGAAUAUUUAUGAAAUUAUUGUCAAUAAACCUAUUCUUUAAGAUUCUGUGACCUUUUGAUAUUUUUUAUUUUAAUUGUGCCAUGGACCACUUGUAAACUGAUUUACUUUUGUUAAAUAUAAGUUGAAGAUUUAGCGUCAUGA